AUGGCACAGUACGACUACUACCCACGUUAUGGUCUCGAAAACUACUCUUUCGUACUGCCGAUGGAGAAGAAGUUUGAUUCUGUGGCGUCCACGUUAUGGAUGCAGGAGAAUUGGCACCAUUCUAUUGCUUUGUCCACUUUCUACAUUAUCUCUUUGUAUGCUGGUCAGAAAGUAAGUUUUUUGAAAGUCUGUUCUACUUUUUUUUGGCUUGAAAUAGAGGGUUUUUGGCAUAAAAAGGGCUCUUUAAGUUAAAAAUUAUUUUUUACUUAUGUUUCAGGGUAAAAGCUUCAUUUUAGAUCACGAUCUUAACCUUCACCUUAUUUCAGAUCAUGGAAAGCCGGAAACCCUUUUACCUGGAAGGCCCCCUCUUCUACUGGAACAUGUUCUUGGCCGUCUUUUCAUUAUCAGGUGUAGUCAGAAUGACGCCGGAGAUGUUCUGGUCAGUAGGAUCGAACUCUUUCGAAUACUCAAUAUGUACAGCAUCGUUCGCUCAAGGUGUGACCGGCUUCUGGACUGAAAUGUUUGCAAUGUCAAAAGUGUUCGAGUUUGUGGAUACGUGGUUCAUCGUACUAAGGAAGAAGCCGCUGAUCUUUUUACAUUGGUAUCAUCACGUCACGGUGCUGGUAUACACAUGGCAUGCCUAUAAGGAUCAUACGGCUAGCGGGCGGUGGUUUAUUUGGAUGAAUUAUGGGGUAAGGAGGGGGUUUUUGUUGUGGUAGGGGGAAGUUAUGAUAAAUAACUAAAAUGGGAAGGGGGGGAGGUGGUAAAAAAAAGUACAGCGGUGGAUUUUUUUGUUUUUUUAAUCAAAAGGUUUGCUUUGAUCAACGAAAAAAAAAUUUGGGGAUGUCCAUCCUUUUACAUGUCUGCUCGUACCCUCUAACAUAUAAUAACUUCAGGUACACGCCCUAAUGUACUCAUACUACGCCCUAAGAGCCGCCCAAUUCCGCGUACCACGCUUAAUAGCCAUGACCGUGACGGUACUACAGAUUGCUCAAAUGGUAAUGGGCGUCUACAUUGGGUACCGCGUGUUCAACAUCAAAUCAGCCGGCCAAUCAUGCCAACAGACCAAUGAAAACCUGUACUUUUCAUUUUUGAUCUACUUUUCAUACUUUUGCUUGUUCUGCCACUUCUUCUACAAGGCUUACUUAAGGCCGAACAACAGGUAUGCCAAGAAGGUGGGUCAGAAUGGAGAUGUAAAGCAAGGAAAUGGAGCUUUGAAUAAAGAACAUGGAGAAGAUAAGGCAAACAAUGGAGUCUUAAAAGCACAAAAUGGCACCAAAAAAUUCCAGAAUGGCACCACAAAGCUCCAAAACGGAUCAAUAACGCAAAAUGGCACCAAAGGACUAAACACCAUCCUAAACGACCAACACGAACCCCUCGGACAGAAUGGCAUCCACCAAAACGGUACCAUUAAGAACCAAAAACCGAACCGUCGACGUGUCGCCAAAAUCGAAUGA